CGAAGCUGACAAAGCGAUAUGCGGCGACAAUAGAGCUGGAGUGUGCAGAGGCAUCAGUAGGUUCAGGGACUCUCCGUCCACCGUCAUCUUCAAGUCAUCGUGCAGGGUUGGGUGCUCGUGCUCCGAAGCAGCAUUCCAAACCCCCGAGGAAGGAUCUCCUUCAAACAUUUGAGGAGAUCAACGCGCAGGAGCAGAUUUUGAGGCUGAAGACUCUUCAGGUGCAAGGCAAGUGGUUGGAGUGGACAUCGGUGAUGUGGCAGGACCUCUCGUGGAAAUCCCUUUUGUACGGUGGUACUGGUAAGGAUUUGAAAUUUCUUCUCACAUCAACCCUCGACGUGCUACCUUCUCCGACGAACCUACGCCGUUGGGGAAACACCGUAGUGGAUCCGUACUGUAGUUUGUGCCGUGCCUGGGCCUGUACUACGCGCCACGUGCUUGGCGCUUGUCGCGUAGCGCUGGACCAGGGACGUUACACCUGGAGGCACGACAACGUACUCGGGGUCAUCGUCAGGAACAUGCGUGAGGAGAUUCGAAUCCGCACUGCUGCAAACACCGUACAAACCGAAAAUUCAAAUGAGCUUGACUUCAUCUCGUUUUGCAAGGCGGGAGAGAAGCCAUUUCGCGUUCAGCCCAGACGAAAGUUGGUUACGACUGAUCUCCUGUCAGCGGCCUCAGACUGGAAACUUCUUGUCGACUCAGUUAGUGCAAAGAUUUCUUUCCCUAGCUGUGUUGCACUUACCACCCUAAGACCAGAUAUAGUUCUGUACUCUACGAGUCGUAGGAUUGUAUUCUGGAUGGAGUUGACAGUUUGUGCUGGGGGCAGAUUCAGUGUCAGUAACUCGCGGAAGGACAGGCGGUAUGCGGAUCUGGCCGAUCAAUGCCGAGCAAACGGGUGGCAGGUCGUUUCUUUUUCGGUUGAGGUAGGUGUGCGUGGUUUCAUCCCGGACUCUCUUCGGAGGGCUCUGAAAGCGCUUGGGUUUUCUAAUCGAAGAAUAAAAUUUAUUUGUAAUUUGUGCAGUAAGACGUCUCUGCGAAGCAGCUACAUCAUCUGGUUGCGACGUCAACAAAAACACUGGUCGGAAGAUCCACUUUUCUGAGGUACUGUAUGUGGGGCUCCGUUUAUUGAGGUGCGUUGAAAUUUAUUCUCUUUAUCUUAUUAUUUCUUUUCUAUAAUUUCCCCAUAUGAGUUCCUAUCAGUUGCUGUGAACACCUUGAGUGGAGAGCGCUUGCUCGAGCGUUGAACCGGGUUCUUAAUCCACCAUACCCAGUUCGCAAGGCUGGGCGGGGUUGUGAGCAGGCUUUCAUUUCAUCUUUUCUUAUUAUUUCUUAUUAUUUCUGCUUUUCAUCUCAUUACUAAAAUUCUGCGCUUUUUCUCCAUCUGCGCAUAAAAUCUAGACUGACAACCUGCUUGUUAAAUCAUGCACCUGCUUUCAGGCGUAAAAACCCUGUUGUAGAGGUCUCAGUCCUCAUUUGUUAGACUUACCUGUCUUUAUAAAUGUAACUUACUCCAGUUCCAAAAAAUUACGCCUCAGCGUUUUCACAGGCUUUUGAGAUUAGCUCUCUCCUGAGUCUUUUAAAUUGCUUCAAGUUCAAAUAGGAAAAAUGCCACCCAUGGGCUCCGAAAGGGGGAGGAGGAUGAAGCCCUAGACACUACGCACGCACCACACGAACACUCUGUGUCCCUGGACGAUUCUGCUGUGCCAUAUGACGAUCCAUUGGGUUUGACCUCAAGCCAGCGGAAGCACUCCAGUACACGGCAUGACACAGGUGAACAACAUACAUGUCCGAAAUGUCACACCACCAUCAAACAAGAACAUAACCUUGCACGACAUAUGCGGACUAACAAAUGCAAAACAUUGGCUGCAUCGCAGGCUGGAGCUGUGUCAGCAGUCUCUGCAUCACCACCACACGAGACUCCAAUGACUUUAGAGGCAAGUACACCAACCAUUACACCAUCAGACCGGGAAACAACAUGUCCACACUGUUUGAGAAAACUCAAAUGGAAACAAAACUUGCCACGACAUCUACAGACCUGCCCGGUCUACAAAUCACUUUCAACCACCUCAGCCAAAGCAGACGGCAGUAGCGGGGAUGGUCGGACGACUUCCAUGAUUGAUUCAAUGCACUCCAGCCCAUCUGUAGGUCAGACAAUGACUCCUGGAGAUGAAUUGCGAACAGUCCCGCACGAAUCCACUCCCUGUCAUAAUGAGUCUUUACUUCAUGUCCCGAAUCAACGGGACAUGGACAAGGUAGAAGUCCGGCAGUCCCUACUGCUACCGUCAGCCAAAAACACCAAGGCAUGGCACACAAUAAACGCUCAGUUGAAGAUCCAUCUCACUCAACAUUUCCCAACCUCAUACCUCAAAAACGCUAACAUCGAAGAGACUCUGGACAAACUAGAGAACUUCAUUCACUGGUUUUUCGACCAGAAACCACCACCACCUCCACCAAAACACAAGAAUGCAAAUAAAAACCGUGCAGUGGAAAAACUCCGGGCUCACAGGCGUGAUUUAAAGCGCCAAUUUCGUAAGAUCAAAAACCCGGACGAAGUACCUGCAGCGCUCAGAAAUGAGUAUUUUUCAAUUGGAAAACAAAUCAAGCGUCUUUUGAAACAACAAAAGAUGUACGACGAUCGAUCCCGGAACAAGAGGGACCAGGAUGCCUUUCUCAAGGACCCAUAUGCCUUCGGAAAGAAAUUGUUUCAACCACCCAACCAUGUCAAACCCACUUUCUCUGACACUACCUGCUUUGAGUACUUCCAACACACAUAUGCAGACCAGGAUCGUGCCACUUCGUACGAAUCCUGCCCCAGUGCAGGGAAGCCUCGGGAUUGCACCCACCCAGUCGAUGAGGGGGCCCCUACAUGGACUGAAUUUCAGAAUGUUUUGAAGAAGUGUCGCAACACCUCUGCACCGGGUCCUGACAAGAUACCUUACAUAGUUUGGAAGCUUUGUCCCUCCCUUCAAUCCAUUCUUUUCACCAUCUUUGGGCGGGUUUGGGAGAGCAAGAUCAUUCCAAGGCAGUGGCAGGUAGCGUGUAUCACACUCCUGGCCAAGGGGGAGGUGUCUUAUGAUCCUUCGAAAUUCCGACCGAUUGCUCUAGCAAACACGUCCGGGAAGAUCUUUUUCACCUUAGUUGCAAAGCGCCUCUUGAAACAUAUGCUAGGCAAUAAGUUCUUCGAUGGUGACAACCAGAAAGGAUUUAUGCCUGCAAAGGCUGGGUGCUUAGAGCAUACAUCACUUUGUUAUGAGGCGAUGCGUGAUGCACAGACGGCAAAACGCCAAAUUUGCAUUGCGUGGAUAGAUUUGAAGAAUGCAUUUGGUUCAGUGCGCCACAAUCUGAUACAGUAUGCUCUAACCCACUACAGCCUUCCUUUGCAAUUCAGGAAAUUAAUUUUUUCCUACUACGACAGUCUUUGCGCUUUUGUCGUACAACCACACACUCCCACCUUUAAUUACAACAUUGGUGUUUUCCAGGGGUGCCCCUUGUCCCCGGUCCUUUUCAAUAUUUGUUUCCAGCUUCUGCUGGACUCACUUGCAGCCCCUGAAUUAAGUUGCCUCUCCUAUGAUUUUAAAUCUGCCCCUUUGCAAGUGUCCCAAACAGCUUUUGCUGAUGACUUAGGCCUCUAUAGCAAAUCUAGUGCAGGUUGUCAAAAACUCAUUGCGGUCACGGAGGACUUUCUCUCGUGGACCCAAUGUAUGCAGGCGGCGCCGCACAAAUGCAAAAGCAGUGCAGCAAAGCUUGUAGAUGGCCGGUACAAACCUUACGAUCCCUGCCUGACGAUGUCAGGGAGGAAGAUCGCUUUUAUUGACACUGCAGAGUUCAAGUUCCUGGGGCGAAGGCUGCAUGCUGAUUGCUCUGAGCAGACCCAGCGGGAAGACAUCCGUCAACUCACUGUAUCUCUCAUGCAAAAAGUAGAUGGCUCUUGGCUUCAAGACCACCACAAGCUAUGGCUUUACCACCAUCUUGUAGUGCCCAAGCUUUCUUGGUCUUUCCAGGUUCUUGAACUCACACAAGGUUUUGUACGUGAACUGCACUUUAUGUGUUUACCAUUUCUGAAGAAAUGGUCAGGCCUACCUCGAUGCGCAAACUCUGCCAUUCUUUUUAUUGGCAGUCGCAAACGCUUUGGCUUACGCCUCCACUACCUUCCUACGGUGUGGAAAAAGUGCCAGUCCAUCAAAUGGCACAUUCUUCGACCGAGUGGGGACGCGCGCAUGAGGGCGCUGUACACUCUGCGUCGGAGUAAGGAUGCGAAGCUGACAAAGCGAUAUGCGGCGACAAUAGAGCUGGAGUGUGCAGAGGCAUCAGUAGGUUCAGGGACUCUCCGUCCACCGUCAUCUUCAAGUCAUCGUGCAGGGUUGGGUGCUCGUGCUCCGAAGCAGCAUUCCAAACUCCCGAGGAAGGAUCUCCUUCAAACAUUUGAGGAGAUCAACGCGCAGGAGCAGAUUUUGAGGCUGAAGACUCUUCAGGUGCAAGGCAAGUGGUUGGAGUGGACAUCGGUGAUGUGGCAGGACCUCUCGUGGAAAUCCCUUUUGUACGGUGGUACUGGUAAGGAUUUGAAAUUUCUUCUCGCAUCAACCCUCGACGUGCUACCUUCUCCGACGAACCUACGCCGUUGGGGAAACACCGUAGUGGAUCCGUACUGUAGUUUGUGCCGUGCCUGGGCCUGUACUACGCGCCACGUGCUUGGCGCUUGUCGCGUAGCGCUGGACCAGGGACGUUACACCUGGAGGCACGACAACGUACUCGGGGUCAUCGUCAGGAACAUGCGUGAGGAGAUUCGAAUCCGCACUGCUGCAAACACCGUACAAACCGAAAAUUCAAAUGAGCUUGACUUCAUCUCGUUUUGCAAGGCGGGAGAGAAGCCAUUUCGCGUUCAGCCCAGACGAAAGUUGGUUACGACUGAUCUCCUGUCAGCGGCCUCAGACUGGAAACUUCUUGUCGACUCAGUUAGUGCAAAGAUUUCUUUCCCUAGCUGUGUUGCACUUACCACCCUAAGACCAGAUAUAGUUCUGUACUCUACGAGUCGUAGGAUUGUAUUCUGGAUGGAGUUGACAGUUUGUGCUGAGGACAGAUUCAGUGUCAGUAACUCGCGGAAGGACAGGCGGUAUGCGGAUCUGGCCGAUCAAUGCCGAGCAAACGGGUGGCAGGUCGUUUCUUUUUCGGUUGAGUAAGACGUCUCUGCGAAGCAGCUACAUCAUCUGGUUGCGACGUCAACAAAAACACUGGUCGGAAGAUCCACUUUUCUGAGGUGCUG